GUGCCCUAGUCCUGCCGUCCUGCCGUCCCCACCCCGCCGAUCAUCUCUUGAGCCUCUCAGCCUCUUUGGCACUUCUGCCAUUCUGCCAUUCUGCCAUGUCAGCAUGUCUUGUUUCGUUUCGAAUGCCAUUGUCCACCUCCACCCCCUGCCUUCUUUGACUUCCCGCCCCGGACGGCAGCGACCCACCCUGGCCGAUUCGCUGUGGUUGAAUCUUCAAUACUGGGUCAGCCAUGCACACGUCUGCUCAAGUCUAUCAGACGAACAGAACACAAACAACCAGACCGGUCCUUUGUUACCCAACAAAGCCCCCACAAUGCUGACAAUGCCCACUGCCUCGCGGCCUCGCGCCAUGCGCCAUGCGCCAAUGCGAGGCCGCCUUGCCGUGAAGCCAUCCCUCACUUAUAUCAAGUCGCUCACCUCGCCCCCUUUGGCCUUCCCAUCUCAUGAUUCUGGCACCAUCAAGCAUCACAAACUCUUUCUAUUCAUUCUUCCUUUUUUUUUUUUUUUUGCCUUAUUCUCUUGCUCUCUAUCACCAGACACUCCCUCGAAAAAAUACGCAAAAAGCCUGGAGCUUUUGUUUGUUUUCCUGACCUCGACUACGGCUGCCAUCUUUCCAGUCCCACGGUCCAACUCACUUCAACCGUCACUUUUCGCCCUUCAGAGAUACCCAACACUUUGUCACACGCAUCAUGAUGCUGUCUGCUUCCAACGUCGCCGCUGUGCUGGCGCUCUCCGGUGCUACCUCAGCCCACAUGAUCAUGGCCAACCCAAAGCCAUACGGAAACCCUGACAACUCCCCCCUCACCGCCAGCAACUACCCUUGCAAGCUCAGUGGAGAUCCCGCAACCUUCUACUCGACCAAUGGCCUGUCCAACACCGCCACUGCCGGCGAGUCGGUCAAGAUGUCCUUCUCUGGCUCUGCUGUCCACGGCGGCGGCUCCUGCCAGGUCGCCCUGACCACCGACAUGCAGCCCUCUGCCUCGACCCGGUGGUCUGUCAUCCUCUCCAUCGAGGGUGGCUGCCCUUCCAAGGACGGCUCCAGCCCUAGUGAAUACGACGUCAAGAUCCCUGCCGACAUCCCCCCAGGAGACUACAGCUAUGCCUGGACCUGGACCAGCAAGCUCAGCGGCCAGCCCGAGUACUACAUGAACUGCGCCCCGCUCACCAUCCAGGGUGGCUCUGGCUCCAAGAGGCGCGCAAUGAACAUCCACCAGCGUGCCGACGCCCUCGACGCCUACCCUCCCCUGGCUGUCUACAACCUGGCCGACAUCAACGACUGCAAAUCCGUCCUGUCUUCAUCGCCGCAGUACCCUGUCCCAGGCGACAAUGUUGAGAAGCUUGCCUCCUCUGACCCUGCCUUUGCUGACCUUACUGGUGCAAAUUGUUUUGCAAAGGGCGUCACCGCCGGCAGCUCAAGCAGCGGCGGCUCGUCCGAUGGCGGCAGCUCUGGCCCUGGUUCUUCUGGCCCUGGUUCUUCUGGCUCUGGGUCUGGCUCUUCCGGCUCUGGCUCUUCCGGCUCUGGCUCUUCCGGCUCUGGCUCUUCCGGCUCUGGCUCUUCCGGCUCUGGCUCUUCUGGCUCUGGCGGUUCCGCGCCAACCCCUACCGCCCCGGCUGCAACCGCCCCCGCUGCAACUGGGUCACCUUCUGGCUUUGCAACUUCCGUUGCCCCGGCCACUCCUACCGACGCUGGUAGCAGCUCAGGAGCUGGUAGCGGCGCUGGAGCUGGUAGCGGCGCUGGAUCGGGUUCUUCUGGCUCUUCCUCCGGCGGCUCUUGUACCGAGGGCGAGUCGGAGUGCUCCUCAAGUGGGGCGUCAUUCAGAAUGUGUAUGUCUGGAGGAGUGUGGUCGGCCGAGAUGCCAGUCUCUGCAGGAACCAAGUGCACACCUGGCACCUCAUCCUCGCUUACUAUCGUCGCGGCUUCCAAGAAGCGUGGCCUGCCCCUUGUUUUCUGAAUUGUCGAUUUAGCAGCGUGCUUCGGAUUGUCCAAUUGGGAUAGACCAUCAGACCAAUAUCAUGGGUUGGCGUUAAGGUAGUCUGGACAUAGGUCUUUUUUCAAAUACACUUCAAUGCCUUUCAAA